AUAAUUUUAUUAAAAUUUAAUAUAAUAUAGUACAAUAGCAAUAUAGUAGAAACUAGUAUUGCUUAAGAACAUAUUUACCGGUGGCAUUUUGACGCGCUUUCAGUUGAAAUUAAGUGAGAGCAUGCGAUAACAUGUAUGUGCAUUAUAGCGUUACCGAUAAAAAGAUAUUAGAAGAAAAGAUCCUGGGACUAAAGAGUAUUAUAUCAAAUUUUGAUGCUAACAACAAAGAAACAAAUGAAAAAGUGUGCAACCUUCCAGUCAGUUUUGAAACGUUUAAAAGGUUAACUUUUCACAAUGAUGUUAUUGCUAACAUUUGCCAAAGCAUAAAGGAGUUGGAGUAUGAGUUGCCAAUUUCAAAUAUAUCAAAAGAAGAAUUAUUUGAUAAUAAUAAAUUACUUCGGAGUUACUACAAAACAUUUUACAUGCAAACGGUUAUUCGGACAAUAUUUCCAUUGAAAAUAAAACCAUGUCCAGGACGUUUUAAGGACGAUAUUUUGAAAUAUCCAGAAAUUACGUCAGAUCAUGAAGAGCCUACAGUAAGUAAUAGAGAUGUUAUAAAUGCUAAUACGAAGGAACAUUUAAAUAAGAAAACAAAAUUAGGAAACAGCAAAAAAGGUAAAAAUAUGGAAAAAUGUUCAUUAGCAUUAGAAAUUAAGGCAGCGAAAGAUGUAACGGUAGUGGAACGAAUUGAUCAUGCUGUUGCAGAUAAUGCUGUCGAGAAAUCUAUGAUACAUCAACAACCACAUAAAAGACAGUCGGGAAUAGAAAUAAUAUCAAUAGAAAUGAUUGUGCCACCAAAUAUUGAAAAUGAAAUAACAUUGGAUGAACAAUCGCCAGUCAUACCUGAAGAAAACAUGGAAAUAUUCAAUAAGUUGUUCGAUCCAAUUCCUUUGAAAUGUACUUUAUCCUAUGUACUUCGCUUUUCUUUUGGUCCAAAACAAUCUGUUCUGCGCACAUUGAUGCAUAUAUCGUUCGAAGAUUUCUGCAAGUUCACAAAUAUUUAUCAAUUGUCUAAUAUUUAUAAUGAUAAACUAAAACUAUUCAAAAUUUAUGAAUCCACGAUUAAAAAAGAAAUAUGGCCGUUUAAUUUAUAUAUGCGCAUAAGUGAUAUUUUCCUUUAUUUACUGUUAAAUGAUGUAAAGCUUGAUUUAAGUGAUUUACAACAUAUAUCACCAAAGUUUUUACAUUGGAGUGAUCUUGCAGUGAAUACUAAUUUUAAUGAAAUUGUACAAGAUUAUUUUAAUAUGAAUGGAAAGCGCAUUGAUGGCGAUGAACAGCUACAAAUUUCUCGUGAAAGUUUUUAUACUCGUUGCUGGAAUGACGACGGUUGGAUAUGGAAAAUACCCAAAAUAACUAAUAAUUCGAUCCAAGAGAUGUUAAUUAAAGUUACUAAAGCAUUAUCUGAUGAAGAUGCAGAACAGUGGACUGUUGAGAAGAAAAAUGUAAAGGGCUCAUAUAUAUCACCGGAAAAGUAUCUAAAUGAAAAUUCGGAAUAUCAUAAUCACACAGAACUGGUUGAAACGUCUUCCAGUAUCACAAAUCGUUCCUUGAAAAUUACGGACAAUGCAUCUACAAUCUGUUAGUUUUAAAAUUUUUUAUUUUCUCUUUCUGUUAAUAAUAAAAUUAUUUUUAAAUGCAAUUCUCUCGCUACCAAAUUGUUGGGGAGACAAGUUAAAAUAGUUUAAUUUAAUAUAAAAGUAACUGAAAAUGAUCAGAUUUUUGAAUAUAUUUUAAUAAAAUUA